UAAAUAGCAGACCUCCUGUCCCGAGGCCACCGCAGACACCUGGCUGGGACACACAGCACAGAGGAUGGCCAGCAUGCAGGCCCCGCUCCUGGCUGCUCUCAUGCUCCUGGCUGUGGUACUUCAAGCAACGGAGGCAGGUCCCUAUGGCGCGAACGUCGAGGACAGCGUGUGCUGCCGCGACUACAUGCGCCGGCCCCUGGCCCCGCGUGUGGUCAAGUAUUUCUACUGGACUUCGGACUCCUGCCGGAGGCCUGGCGUGGUCUUGGUGACCCUCAAAGGCCUGGAGAUCUGUGCCGACCCCAGACUGCCCUGGGUGAAGAAGAUUCUCCGGAAGCUGGAACAGUGAAGAGGGGCCCUGACGACCCUGGCCGUGGCUCCUCCAGGAAGGCUCGCGGAGCCCUACCUCUCUACCAUCACAGCUGCUCUCCCAUAGAAGCCCGUGCCAGUGACUCCGCACCCCCCCACCUCCAUCCCUGCUGCUGUCACCCUGGGUCUGGCUCCCUGUCGCUCCCAUCUGACCCUCACCCCUCCUCCACCCCACCGCAGCCACAGGGCCCAUGUCCCGGUCAGUCACUCCCUGCUCCAAAGCCUUCCACGGCUCCCCACUGCCUGACGCUGAGGCCAGGGCUCCUGGUACUGGGAUCUGGGUUCCACCGCUGCCUGUACCCCAUCCCCUCCCUCUCCUGUACUGGGAGCUGGGCUCCAGCUCCCUGCCCUGCAAGCCCAGUCCUUACAUUUCUACUCCUGGCUCUUCUCCCGGAAUGCCGCUCCUGUCACCUGCAUGCGGCCAGCCCCCCGCCAGCCCACGUGGGCCUUGCUCAGCCCAAGCCGCUCACUGCCGAGCUUUGGGUUUUAGUCUUUCCCUGCCCUCUGGCCCCACUUAAGAGCCCCGGUCACAGUCUGCCCGGAUUCUCAGAACUGGGGCCUUGUCCUGCAGCCCCACUGGUUGGACCAAGGUCCCCACUUCGAGUUACUCCAACCUCCUGGCCUCUAGCACAGAACGUGGUGUGCAGGGCCUGGCAUAGAACCAGAGGUCAGCAAGGGCCUGCAGAUGGAGUCAGUGAAAGCAAGCCCUCUCCCCGCGGGAGGCUGCUGCCCGGCAACAGAGACUCAAGUUCACCAGGAAGGAGCUGGCUGGGACGCUGGCAACACUCCAGCUUUGCCCAAGGCACCUCCUUCCCUGUCUGCCCCACAUGUUGGAUCCCUGCCCUUUUUAUUAGGCCUUUAGUGCUCCUCCAGCCUCCAACACCCGGGCCUGACCUCUACUUUCCUGGCCUCCUUCCCUAAAGAGCUGUGACCAAAUUCAUGCUAUGGUGUAAAUGACUAUCUUUGCCUUGGUAUUAUAAGCUAUAGAUGUAUUUGUAUAGGAAAAGAGGGUAAAUACUUAUGAGGACAAGUGGACGAACGGGAGAAUUUUAGGAGCUGUGUGAGAGGGGAACAAGGUGGAGCUUUGCUGGCUCUGGAGGCAGCUGGCUGUGGUAGGGUAGCACUGGGUGUGUAUGGGGGGUCAUGGUUGAAUGAAGGAUCCCUGGGUAGACAUUGUUCUCAGGUGGCCAGGGCCAGGCUGAGGACCAACAUUUGGGACCCUGCUCUGCCUCCCGGGGGCCAGCAGUGUCCCAAGUAAACAAAAUAAACUUGACAUGUGCUUGCUCCUUUCUAAGGGAGCCUGACAUGGCCCAACAUGGUGAGUGUAGCUGUGUGGCCACAAGGAGAUCAGUUAACCUCUCUGAGCCUCCCCUGAGAAAUGAGAGUGAGAAUACCCACCCUAAGAGGCUCCUGCUGGGCUCGGUCUCAAGUGUGUAAGUGACACUUGGCCAGCCACAUGGCUCAGGGUCUGAGAGGGCCCACAUCCCUCCUGGAACCCAAGGCCAGCUGCCUGCCACAGCCGACAAGUGCCAGCCUGCCUGCUGCUCAUGACAGAGCCCUGGGGUCCAUCCCCUUCUGCCUUGUCCUUGACCCUCAGGCCUUCUGGAAAAUAAACCCUCUAAAACCA